UAAGUUAUCAUUGGUAUUUGGGUACUUGAGAUGUAUAAAAAAUAUCUUUUUCUCAACCAUUGAGCUUUCACUGUUGCAUAGCUCCUCCUUCUUUCAAAUAAGUCUCAUCCCAAUUACCCAUCAUCAAAUUCAAUCUGGAUUCAUUCAUCAAAAAAAUGGGUCACUCCGAAAUCUUUGAUUUUGCUCGAAAUUUCGCAGUUAUGGUCAAAGUUCGUGGUCCUGACCCAAAAGGAAUGAAGAUGAGAAGACACGCUUUUCAUCAUUACCGUUCUGGUGAAACAACACUUUCAGCUUCUGGGUUGCUUGUACCUGAUACCCUUUGUGAUACUCAAGUAGUUAAGCGUCUAUAUGGUGAUAACUUCGAGGAUAGGGUAUUGGUUGUGACGGUUGCUUCAGUUGUUGAGCCUUUUUUAUCUCCUCAACACCGAGAGAAUAUUCCUCAGGGUAGGCCUGACUUGAUUUCUGGUGUUCGGAUUGAUAUUAUGACUGAGAAAACCAAUGAAGAAUCUGAUCAAGGAACUCCUUGUUGGCUUGUGGGGGAGCUUUUGUCAUUAGUUGAUGUUCCUGCUUCAGCCCUUUGUGUCCAGUCACUUGUUGAAUCAUCUCUGGGUUUGUCAGAGCAUGAAUGGGAGCUUGGUUGGUCUUUGGCAACUCACAAUAACGAUUCUCAGUCCUCUAAAGAUAAUUUUAAAUUUCAGGGGAGGUUGGCAAUGGGAGGACCUAGCAGCACAAGUCUUAUGUGCAAAUCACUGACUAGAAUGGCCAUUCUUAGUGUUCCUUUAUCUUUCAAGGACUUGCUGAACUAUAAAAAAUCUUCCAUGAAUAAAAGGGGUGAUUUUCUUCUGGCAGUUGGGUCUCCUUUUGGAGUCCUCUCACCUACACACUUCUUUAACAGUUUAUCAGUUGGAUGCAUUGCAAAUUGUUAUCCUCCUAAUUCAUCUGAUGGAUCAUUGCUGAUGGCUGACAUACGCAGUCUUCCUGGAAUGGAAGGCAGUCCAGUUUUCAGCGAGCAUGCAUCUCUUACUGGUGUCCUGAUCAGACCAUUGCGGCAGAAGACAAGUGGAGCCGAAAUUCAGCUGGUGAUUCCAUGGGAAGCUAUUGUGAAUGCUGCUAGUGGCUUGCUGUGGAAGUCCCCUCAGAACACAGUAGAAGGGUUAUGUUACCAGGAGGGCAACUCGUAUGCUCCACGAAAGGGACCUUUUACUGACCAGAAAAAAUCAGAAGAGCAUUUAAGUUUUGCUAGCUCGUCACCGUUACUAAUUGAGAACACAAUGGCUUCUGUUUGUCUUAUUACUAUUGGUGAUGGAGUAUGGGCGUCUGGAAUUUUGUUAAACAACCAAGGUCUCAUACUUACAAAUGCGCAUCUGUUAGAACCUUGGAGAUUCGGGAAAACACAUAUAAGUGGCAGAGGAUAUGGAACCAACCGAGAAUUAUUUUCUUCUAUGUUGGAGGGAACCACAUCUCUUGGUAAUAAAGUAGAAACCGUUCAAAUUAGUCAAACAUCACCUUCAAAGAUGCUGAAUAUUUAUGGCAACCAUAGAAAUAUACGUGUACGCCUUGAUCAUGUCAAGCCUUGGGUUUGGUGUGAUGCUAAAGUAGUGUAUAUCUGUAAAGGACCAUGGGAUGUUGCCUUACUUCAGCUCGAACCAGUUCUGGAUAAUCUUUCGCCUAUUGUAGCAAAUUUUUCUAGCCCAUCCACAGGAUCAAAGGCAUACGUUAUUGGCCAUGGAUUAUUCGGCCCUAAGGGUGGAUUUUUCCCAUCUGUUUGCUCUGGUGUGGUAGCGAAAGUGGUUGAAGCAAAGACUCCUCAAUCUUAUCACUCCAAUCAACGCGAGCACAUGCAUACCCAUGACCAUUUCCCAGCAAUGCUUGAAACAACAGCUGCUGUUCAUCCUGGUGCUAGUGGUGGUGCUGUUAUCAACUCAGACGGUCACAUGAUCGGCCUGGUAACAAGCAACGCAAGGCAUGGUGGUGGAUCAAUAAUACCUCAUCUUAAUUUUAGCAUUCCAUCCGCAGCUUUGGCACCGAUCUUCAAGUUCGCAAAAGACAUGCAGGAUUUAUCGCUUUUGCGGAUUCUAGAUGAACCAAACGAAUACAUUUCAUCUGUUUGGGCAUUGAUGCAGCCAUCAUCUCCGAAGCUCAAUCCAGUGUCUGAUCCACCUCGGUCUCUUUUAGACUAUAAAAGCAAAGAAGAGAAGGGUUCUCAGUUUGCUAAGUUUAUUGCUGAAAGAAAGGAUAUUUACAAUGGCACUCCUCAAAUUGGAAAGAGUGGAUUGCUUUCUAAAGAUGUUAUUCCUAGUAAGUUAUGAUGUCUCAUGAAAAUCAUUGAGCUGUUGGAUGAGAAAGCAUUUACAUAAUAUAAUGGCGUAUGCUCUUCCUUGUGAUCUAUAUUUUUCGGACCGCAAGAUUCUGCGCUGGAUUGUUAGUGAAAAGAAAUGAUUAUAUAUCUGUACCAUGCUAAAACUCAACUGAUUUUACACAAACAUUUUUUUGUUGCUUGACAUAAUAAAGCAGUUUGGUGAUUUGAAAGAAACAUAAUUGAAAAUAUUAUGUGAUGUAGGUUUGAAUCAUCGCAUUAAUGUUUAUUAACUAAUUUCUAAUA